AUGUCCAUGUUUCUGAAAAAUGUGAAGAAACGAAGUUGUGGCAGGUUAGUUCGAUUGGCCUUGACAGAUUGGUAUUGGCGCCAAGAAAACACACACGUCAACCACCAACCACAUAUUCAGUUUGUGAAAGGCACCUCAAGAGAGAGGAAAAUUCACACGAGUGUAAGUGAAGCUUUCAUCCGACUCGAUCUCAGUGGAGCUGUGAAGGAUGUUCGGAGAUUCAACUAUGUUUGUUCUCUGCUAGAAAUAUUAAUAACCACUAAACUGUCCAGCCUCAGUGGUAACACACAGAAAUAUCUCUUCCACACAUUGGAAGAGGUUUUAACUCAGGUUCUAAAACUCGAGUAUAACUUAGAGGCUGUGCGCAGGUUACUACAUCUUUCACAAAAAGCCCUCAAUGAUGGCAUUCAUACACAUAUCGGGAGCCAAGCUCUUUGGGCACAACACAAUGAUGCAGUUGCCAGGAUGAUUAAGAAGCUGGAAACGUUCCAGUUAACAGAGCGAGAAAAUGAUGGCAGGCUCACCUUUAGUGAUUUGCCAGAAGACUGCAUCCGAGACAUCCUGUUACGGCUCAACGACCACAAGGACAUUGUCCACACUGGUCUCACAAACAGCUUUAUCUAUGAACUGUCCGAAGAGAAGAUACUAUGGAAGCAGCUGUGUUUUUAUAAUUUCAACAACGACCAACUGUUGGUAUUUAUACCAAAGGAAGCUGACGAGUGUGAGAUUGACUGGAAAAUGGUUUACCGAAGAUGUGUAAAACGAUUUGGAAGGAAAGAUACAUUUGCGGACAUGCUGUGUAUCUGUUGCAACUGUGAUUGUAUAUUCUGGAAGUUGACUGGCCAUCCCUGUUCCAAAGAAGAUGAACUAGAAAUUGUCUGCCGGCCCCUGAAUCCAAAGGCCUUCCUCUCAUUGUUUCUUCUCUAAAUUAUAAAACCCUCGAUGUUCAGAAUACUUGCCUGGUUGUAUUUGAAAGUGGGACCUCUUUGUCCACAGCUUCCUGGACCCACCUUUACCUUGUUGGAUAGAAGCUGUUGUGUUACUGAUAAUUUUUGUUUAAUUGAUAAAUUUAUUUAUUUUGCUGACACAUCAUGUGAUCCGUCUGAAACUUUUCUUGUCAUUAUGUGACAUGGACACAUUAAUGCUAAAACUGAAAUCUGGAGUGCUGUGUUACAAAAGUUGCGACAUGAACUGAUGUAGUGUACUCAAAUGUUGGUAUUGUAACAUGUGUGACAUGCUGACUUCAAAUAUUGGUGCUGCGCCACAUGUAACAUAACUACUGAACUCAAAUAUUGGUAUUGUGACACGUAACAUGACUGAAUUCAAUUGUUGGUGCUGUGUCACAUGUAACGUGACUGAAUACAAAUGUUGUUCUUGUGAUACAUGUAAUGUAACUAAACUCAUGUUGGUGCUGUGUCACAUGUCUUGUGACUAAACUUAAAACUGUUUGUCCUUUUUGUCACACUUGAUGUAACUGGAUUCAAAAUUCUGGAGAUGUGUCACAGUUGUACCAUGAAAGGAACUAAAAUUUUCAUGCAUUUUUUUUUUGUUUGUUAGUAUUACUGUGCCCCUCUUAUGCUGCAUGAGAGUAGGCUAAAAGCCCCUGUGCCAUGUUAGAAAUGUGACACAUCUCCACUGCAAACAAUAGUAUUUGGUUGCACUGUGACAAGCUCAUACUUUGAAUGUUGUCUGUCACACUUGUCAAACUAAAAACUCCUGUGUCAUGUUACAAAUAUGACACAUCUGAACUGAAAACUCUGGUGACUUGUCACAAUUGUGACAUGCGAAAUCAUACUCAGGUAUCAUGGUUACAUAUGUUAUAUCACUGAACUCAAAUCUCUGUGUGUCACACUCUGAUGAAAUAUUUAGGAAUUGUGUGUCACAUACCCUGGUAUGUAUUUCAUGAUACAGACUGUUGUUACUCUGAAACACUGUGUUACAAAGACACAGUUGAAAUUUGGUGUCACAGUCUAUUUGAUAUAUUCAAGCUACUCAUCUGUGUUACACCAGUUAGUGUAUCAUUGUUGUGAUACAGUUCAUUGCCUGAAAACCUUGCAGAACACGUAUAGGACACAUCCAAGGUCUGCCUACAGUCACUGUCUUUCUACAUGCACAUUGAAGAAUUUGUUUAAUAUGUGUCACACACACACAUACAAUGCGUGACAGAUGUAACAUGGUUUAAAUGCUUGAAAAAUUGCCGACACAUGACACAUUCGAGUUCUGCUGUCACAGUCUUUCAACAUGUAUCUCGAAUUUUAAUUUGAAUGUGUCAUGCAUUGGCUGUAUCUAAAUAGUUCAUUGUUUGAGACACACAUACACACAUGAGCUCUGGUCUUAUAUUUUGCCAGUAUUGGUCCUUGAGAAUGUUGUCUUCCUGUUACAUCUCCUGUGUUCCAGCGUUGGCACAGUUUACGGCUUCAAAAAGUUACACGUUUGUUACACAUCCAGUGUAAGGAAGGUGUCUACCACUAUU